AUUGAUCGAUCUCCACGAGGGAGAAUCAUUUUAUUUUCUACUAUCACACAAGAGACAACUUUUGCCACUACUCUUUCCUUAAGUACUCUCAUCAACCCUUCAUUUCUUUCAGUGCUUGCAAAUUAACCUGAGAUCCGUUAAAGCUGGUCAACCUCUUGUUCUUUCGCUUAGAUCUUCACCCUCAACAUGCUCAGAACACUAGCCAGGGAGUUCAAGCUCACCACCCUUGCUAAUGGUUUGCUUAAAAAACGCAGCAGAUUCUAUGGAACGGUUGGUGGAAGAAGGCUUGAAGGAAAAGUGGCAAUCAUAACCGGAUCAGCAAGUGGACUAGGAAAAGCAACAGCCCAUGAAUUCAUCCAGCAUGGGGCCCAAGUCAUCAUCGCCGACAACGACACCAAACUCGGGCCGCAAGUUGCGAAAGAGUUGGGCCCAUCAGCCCGCUACGUGGAAUGCGACGUCACGAUCGAGGCCCAAGUAGCAGAAGCUGUGGACAUUGCCGUGGCCCACUACGGCAAACUGGACAUCAUGUACAACAACGCCGGCAUAACAGGCCCAACAAUCCCUCCAAGCAUAACAGAGCUAAACCUUGAUGAGUUUGACAAGGUGAUGAAAAUCAAUGUCAGGGGAAUGAUUGCGGGUAUAAAGCAUGCGGCCCGAGUCAUGAUACCCGCGGGCGCCGGGUCCAUUCUAUGCACAUCAAGCAUAAGUGGGACAAUGGGUGGGCUUGGGCCUCACCCAUACACAAUAUCAAAGUUUACAAUACCUGGGGUAGUGAAAUCUGUUGCUAGUGAGCUUUGUAAAGCUGGGAUAAGAGUAAAUUGCAUAUCCCCAGCUCCAAUUCCUACACCUAUGUCUUUGACUCAGAUUGGGAAUUUUUUUCCUGGUAUGACCCAAGAGCAGGUAGUGGGCCUUGUGAAUGGGCUUAGUGAGCUCAAGGGGGCCAAGUGUGAGGACAUUGAUGUGGCCCGGGCAGCGUUGUUUUUGGCAUCAGAUGAAGCAAAGUUCAUCUCAGGCCACAAUUUAAUUGUGGAUGGAGGGUUCACCUGCUUUAAAAACCUCUCUUUCCCUUCUCCAAACUAAACUCCCCAGCCUUCUUUGAUUUCAUUUCUGUAAUGUGUUAUGAUGGUUUAUUUCUAAAUUUGUUUGUAGAAUUUUCUUUUUGUUGGAAAUUUAAGAAGACCUACUUUAUGUUUUGCACAAAA